CUCCCCGGCGGCUUGAUGCCGCGGUGGGUCCGCGUGGCUUGUCUUGUCUUGCGAGCGAUCAGGAACAUAUAGAUAUCAAUGUAGCUGCGCCGCGCCGAGCUUCCGUCGCCGUGUUGGCUCAAUAUUUACGUGCAAGCGACCCCCCUCCCAUAUCCAAAGCGCGCCCGGGUGUUGGCAGCGUCGCGUCCGUUGGCCCCUGCAAUAGCGGUGCCCGCCAGAGCCCCAUCGCGCAGGUCCAGGCUCGCAACCACUCGACGGCCUGCUGUGAGGCUCAUGGCGUCCACCCUGUCCGCCCUUCCAUUCCUGACGAAAGUUGCAGAAGCUCUACCAGACAAGUAAUGGCAUGCUGACGCUCUACAUCGCGAAGGCAGGGUAGAAAGGACCCGCAGCAAGUACAUAAGCGACCACGAGGGUUGUUGGCCCUCAGCCCGUCAGGAGGAGAAGAGGAGAGAGGCAGAACAGUGGCCAGAUGAUAGGGAAGUAAGCUGCCGUCCGAAUCAACCGAACGGGUGUCGUCCUUGCAAGCGCAGCCCAAACACAUCGGUAACUUCCUUGUGGCCACACCUUCGUAGCAGCCACUCAUUUAUCGCUCAUGCCAAGGUUUCCUUCGCGGUAUCUCUCAUCGUCGCGGUUAGUGUUGGUAUUGCGGGUCUUCGUAUUCAGAUCGUGAUGCAUUCGCAUUUUGGCUAUCAUUUGACGGCUCGGUCUCCAAUGUCGUGCAGCAUACUUGAUUUUCAAUACGAUUUGUUUCAGGAGUUUUGCCUGUUCUGAUAGGUAUUUCAGCCUCAUGGUCGUUCUGCCGUUGGUCCUGGUGGCAUUUUUGCUCUUGUGGCUCUUGGUCUGGCUCUCUCGGUCUCCGUUUCUCCAUUGUCUUCUUCUUCGUCUUAUUCCCUUCCUAUCCAGUUCUUCUGGCCCAGCGUUGCUUGACAGGGUGUGCAAUGGCAGUUCCAGCGUCAAUUCCAAACUGGCAGAACAUGUUCAAUUUAGGCUUUGGCAAGUGUCCUCUGUCAUUUGCCCUCUGUCCUCUGCCCUUGGUCCUCUUCCUUUUCCCCUUUGUCCUUUUCCUUUGUCCUCUGCUGUCCUCUGCCCUCUGCCUUAUGUCCGCUGUUUCUCUUCUCUUUCUCCCUCUCUUUCUUGUCUCCCGUCCUGUCCUCUCUGGUCUUGUCCUGUCUUCUCAUCUCCCUCUCAUCUCCUCGCAUGUUCUUCCUCUCUUCGUCUUGAGGGGAGGACAAGAGCAACCCAAUCGGC